AGCACUGACUGAUCACAACACACUACUGUCGAAAACUGAAAAAUAAUUCAUGCAAUGAAUUCUGGCUGCACAACCAAAAAAAAAACCAAAAGUGGUUCUGAAAAUGGACUUAAGAAAUAAAUUUGUCAGAUUGAAGAAAAAAUAUGAUGGAUAAUUUACGUAAAAAAUAUUACGUUUCUCAGUGAAGUAUGAUUUCAUUGCUUAGCUGAAUUUAAUUUCUAGAUUUUUAAUGACUAGACUGAAUGAUGUUGUGUCACUGUGAUCAAUUCACGCAGUAUUAAAAUAAAAAACAUUUAGACUGCACAGAGUUUGGCAGGAGAACGUACAAAAGUCUUCAGGACUACUUCACUAGGUCACAGACUAAGGAUACCAGAGACUAAAACUCUGUUGGGAGAAAAUACAGCGCUCAAAUAAACAAUUAUUAUUAUUAUUUUUAAACAAACAGAAAAAAAUAAGCACUAGUUUAAGUGUUUCAGGAAAAUGUACACUACCAGUCAAAAGUUUGGACACACCUUUUAAUUCAAUGUUUUUUGUUUAGGGAUUUAUUUUCUACAUCCUAGAACAAUCCUGGAGAUUUCAAAACUAUGAAAUAACACACAUGGACUUCAGUAAUCCAUAUGUAAUGACAACAAAAAACAGUCAGUUGUUAUUUUAAGACACGAAGGUCAGGUGUUCUGGAAUAGUUCUUGCAAGAACAGUAUUGUCAAGUGCAUUUGCAAAACCCAUCAAGCACCAUGAUGAAACUGGCUCACAUGAAGACCAUCCCAGUAAAGCAAGACCAAAACUGACCUCUGCUGCAGAGGAGAAGUUCAUUUAGAGUCACCAGCUUCAGAAAUCACCAAUUAACAGCACCUCAGAUUAGAGGCGUUAUGAAGGCUUUACAGAGCGUCAGUAGCAGACAUAUCUCAAUAUCAACUGUUCAAAGGACAUUAUUGUGGAUUUCGGCCGCCUUCAGCAUUGUUUUCAAUGUAAAACCAGACCAUGGGAUUAGAAGGUGUGUCCAAACUUUUCACUGGUAGUGUAGGUCUUCACCCAGCUUUGGGAAAUCUGGAGGAAGUUUAUUCCACCUCCUCAGUGCCAGAACAGAGAAGAGUCUAGAUGCUUAUUUACCCUGUACCCUGAGAGACAGUGGGACCAGUUGAGCCAUGAUGUUGGAACCGUUGGGAACCGUAACUAUAGUACUAAAUUUAUUCAUUUGAAACAUGUGUAGUAGAUUAGUGCAGGGUUAAUGUGUUAUAUUCCUAAACAUCAGCUUCAUGGCUUUGAUUCUCAGCAGGUCUGAGCUUUGUGUUUGAUUUUGUUGGACGUAUGUAAACAAAUUGUGUUAAUGUACCUCAAUUCAGUCACCAAUAUAAGCGUUUGAAUCAAGUAAAUUCAGCCAUUUUUUCAGUGUAGCUGAUUGAAAAUAUGAUAAAAGUUUUAUUAUUUUUGCCUUUUUUUCUGAGAUUGUGUACAUUUCUCACCAAUCCUCACCAUUAAAACUCCCUCAAAAACAGCAGGUUAAAUAAAAGGCAUUUAUUAUCAUUAAUACGUUUCUAGCGACAGCAGAGAGAAAGUAAAGUGUUGGAUUUCAUUCAGCGCAUUCGGAAAGCACAUGCCUAAACCAUGCUGAAUGUAGGAAAGCUACAUUCCUCAGGUCAGCUGCAUGGAAUCCAUGUACACAUUUCAAUGAAGUAAAUUCAGCAAGCUUUUUUUCCUCGUAUAGGUCCACUAUAUUGUAGGCCAUCCACAUUUUUUUUAAGCCAUUUAUUUUGCUGUUGUAGAGGUAUUUUACAUAUAUGAUUCAUUAAAGUUCAUUACUUCAGCUGCUGGGUAAAGGUCAGGGUUGUUCCUCCAUCUCAGCCACACCUCAGGAGAAGUGCACAUGCCUGGACCGAACGUAUAAAUAAUGAAUAGCAUUAACCCUGUUUUUUUGUCUGGGUAUGAUGAACAAUGGAUUUUUGGGUUUCUAGAUUUGGCCAGGGCUGCACAUUAUUUUAAACUUUAUCAUAAUUUUAGAUUUUUUUAAAAUAUAAUAAAAAAAUCAACUUUAAAAUAGUUGACUGCUAUUUUAGUAUGCUUGGGUAAAGUGUAUUUGCUGUGUGUGUAUUUAGAGACUAAUUGUGUAGCUUUAAAUUAAUGGAGCAGUUCGGUGCUAAUUAAAGAAUACGUGAAGGAUGUGAUAGGAAGCAUCAGAAAGUCACAGAAACACCUUUAAAGAAACAAAAUACCAAAUAAUUAAUCUGUUUAAAAUGACGAGCUCGAGUCAAAUGACAACCUUAAAAGUGAGACAUAACUUUCUAGAGGAAUCCAGACACUGUUAAAGGCUGGAACGCUUCCCCUCAGGGAAAUGGAGUUCAUGUAGAAAGAUGAUGCACUCGUGUGACGCGUUUCUAAUAAUAAACUGCAAAAUGUAAAAAAUAUCAAUGAGUUUCCAUUCGACCCUAACGAAUUUUUGUAGUGGAACAUCUGCAAAACUAGUCACUUUCUCUCAUCACUCACAUUAUAGCAGCUAUAAAUGGUCAGUCCAUCACCAUCAAAUUUUUUCUUUCUUGAAGUUUUAAAGAGAAAGAAAAUGAAGCUUGUCAUGGUACUGAGAAAAAACCCAGAACUCACACAGCCCUCUCUCCUGAAGUUUUAACUUUUACAGCUGUCUGUGACGAAGCUCUGACAUCCGAGACUCCUUCCAAAAUGUCAUACAGAAAGCUUCACCAACUCAGUGAUUAACAAAAAAUGAGUAAAAAGACAUAAAAAGACAAAAAAAUUAGCUUGUGAAAUAGCUGAGAAAUCACACAGCCCUUGAAGUAACUCUACAGCUUCCUCUGAAGACUCCUUCCAAAAAUGUUCAAGAAACGUUUUCUCUAGUGACUUUAAUUCUCUGUCUGACUUUAAUUCUCUUGUGACUUUAAUUCUCUGUGUGAGUUACUGAAGAAAAGAUAAUACUUUAGAGUGAGUGCAUGAAGCUGUGAUCUGAGUUACAGCCUGCGGUCAAGACAGCUGAAUGACCGAACACCUUCUGACCAAUCAGAAUCGAGAACUCAACAGCACUGGUGUGUAAUGUAAAGGCUUCUAAUGCACAGCCCUGUUUUGUGGUCAUUUUUUGCUUAAUUUGAAUAACUAUAAACAAUCAUUUUUAUAAAAAAAAAAAAGAAAAUAAUAAUUGAAAUAAUAAUAACAAUAAUUUAAAAUAAUAAUUAAAAUAUGCAGCUGAUAAUGUGAUGGAGUCAUGGAGUCUUUUAUUGAUUGAUUCUCAAUUGCAGUCACACUUACACACACACACACACACACACACACACACACACACACUGAUACACAGCUGUACACGACCCUUCAUCUGUUCUUCUGAAUAAUUCCAUAUGAGUAAAAGCCCAAGGGGCCGAGAAAGGAGGUGGGAGGGGUGUGUGUGUGUGUGUGUGUGUGUGAGUGUGUGUGUGUAAGUGUGAGUUUGUGUGUGUGUGUGACUGUGUGUGUGUGUGAGUGUGUGUGUGUGAGAGUGUGUGUGUGUGUGUGUGAGUGUGUGUGUGUAAGUGUGAGUUUUUGUGUGUGUGUGACUGUGUGUGUGUGUGAGUGUGUGUGUGUGAGUGUGUGUGUGUGUGUGUGAGUGAGUGUGUGUGUGUGUGUGUGUGUGAGUGAGUGUGUGUGUGUAAGUGUGAGUUUUUGUGAGUGUGUGACUGUGUGUGUAUGUGUGUGAGUGUGUGUGUGUGAGAGUGUGUGUGAGUGUGUGUGAGUGUGUGUGUGUGUGUGUGUGUGUGUGUGAGUGAGUGUGUGUGUGUAAGUGUGAGUUUUUGUGUGUGUGUGACUGUGUGUGUGUGUGACUGUGUGUGUGUGAGAGUGUGUGUGAGUGUGUGUGUGUGAGUGUGUGUGUGUGUGUGUGUGUGAGUGAGUGUGUGUGUGUAAGUGUGAGUUUUUGUGUGUGUGUGACUGUGUGUGUGUGUGUGUGAGUGUGUGUGUGUGAGAGUGUGUGUGUGUGUGAGUGAGUGGAUUUUGGACCAUCAGGCCUCUCCUUGGAAUUAACGCUGAUGAAGCGUUCCAGGAGAAGCCGUUACUGCAUGCCGAGGCUGACCUGACACAUCCCCGGCUCUCACACUGAGCCGCUCUUCAGGGUUUCAGACUCAGCUGUAGCUCAAGGAUUUGGGAAGUAGCGAUCUCCGAAAAGAUGUAUAUGUUGUAGCUCAUAUUUUUAGAAUAGGGAGAAUGGUUGCUGGUGAGAAGAAGUCAGCGUGUAACACGCAGUACAGACGUCCGUUUGGCUGCGCCGUGAUCAACGUCUGUGAUCUGCUGACGGCCGACUGCAAGGACGAGCACCUGCUUAAAGUUUACUCAUGCAACACUGAAAGUGAGUGGUUUCAAAUACAUGACAACAUUAUUCGGAAAGUCAGCUCCCGAUACAGCCAGGUCAGCUCCGGCACAGGACUCGCUGUUUCACUGCAGCUGCUGCACGGAGACCUGGAGCAGAUUCAGAAGGAGUACAUGCGUCUCUUCACUCGCAACGUCUCCAUCACAAGGAGGCUUGGCUUCUCAGACAUCAUCAUGCCGGGUGAAAUCAGGAAUGACCUCUACGUGACCCUGGAGAGAGGGGAGUUUGAGAAAGGCGGGAAGAGCGUGGCGAGGAACGUGGAGGUCACCGUGUAUCUGCUGGGAGCUGAUGGCCAGGUACUGAAGGGUAUGGUGUUUUCAGGUUCGGGUGAGCCUGGGGCGGACGCCUUCCACUCGUUUGUCCUGUACCACAGUAACAGUCCUCGCUGGUCAGAGCAGAUCAAGCUGUGUGUUCCUCCAGAGCUGUUCAGACUCUCUCACCUGCGCUUCGAGUUCAGACACUGCUCUACGAAGGAGAAAGGAGAAAAGAAGCUGUUCGGUUUCUCUUUUGUGCCGCUCAUGCAAGAGGACGGGAGAACACUUCCUGAUGGCACACAUGAGCUCAUCGUUCACAAGUGUGAAGAGACUGCAAACCUGCAGGACUUGUCUCGCUACCUCAAGCUGCCCUUCUCUAAAGCCAGUCUACAACCUGGCACCAACCAGACCAUGAAGAGCAGCAAAGAGUCCUUCUGGAUCCUCUCCACGCUCUGCUCCACCAAACUCACACAGAACGGAGACAUGCUGGAUCUGCUGAAGUGGAGAACUCAUCCGGACCGGAUUAUGGACGGCUUGUCGAAACUGAAGGACAUGGAUGGCACGGAGAUAGUGAAGUUUUUGCAGGACACCUUGGACACGCUGUUCGCCGUGUUAGACGAGAGCCCGCAGAGAUACGGACUGAAAGUAUUUGAUUGCCUGGUACAUGUCAUCAAUUUACUGCAGGACAGUAAAUUCCAGCACUUCAAACCCGUCAUGGACAACUACAUUGAGAAUCAUUUUGCGGGAGCUUUGUCGUACAGAGACCUGAUCCGAGUUCUGAAGUGGCAUGUGGACCGGAUCAUCGACGCUGAGCAUCAUGAGCAGAUACAGCAGGUCCUGAAGGCUGCAGAGUACCUGUUUAAAUACAUCGUGCAGUCUCGCAGACUCUACGCUGCAGCCAUGGCGUCACAGGCUGAGGACGAGUUCCGCUGCUCCAUCCAUGAACUCUUCAAAUCCGUCCAUCUGUUCCUCUCACAUGAGAGCAAAGGAAUCAGCCCCAUCACACACACACAGGCUGUGUUCCUGAGGUCGUUUCCCACCGUGUGCUGCGAGCUGCUGAAGGUGUUCGGUGUGCGUGAGGUGGCAAAUCUGGCGCGCGACACACUGAGCAGCCUUCCCGCUCUCACGCACACAGACUGCCCCCUGCAGGCGGUCAAGCUUCAGUGUGUAGCCAAGACUGUAGAGAGUCCACUUUACACCAACCCAGAAUCACGAUGUGUGCUCCUACCUGUGGUUCUCCAUCUCCUCCUCACUUACCUGAAGGAUCAGAAGGAGUUGGUUCUGUGUGCGAACAUCCUCACCAGCAUGUUGUCUCUCGUCCACAGAGACCCCAACACAGAGUGUGUGGCACCUGAAGAGGUGAACGUUAUAAUGGACAGUCUGUCCGGAGUGUUACUGAGAACGAUACUGGAGGUAACUAAUCGUCCCCAGCCAGCGGCCACCUCCAUGCGUCUGCAGUAUCAGGACGUGACUGGUGAGUUUGUGGCCUGCUUGCUCACUCUUCUAAGGCAAUUAAGUGAUAAGGACUACCAAAAACUCCUGAAUCGAUUCCCUUCUAAAGAUGAGCUGGCGAAUUUUCUUCUGCAGCUCUUCACUGUCUUCAGGAUACUGAUUCGGCCAGACAUGUUUCCUAAAGACUGGACGGUCAUGAGAUUGGUCACCAACAAUGUGAUCAUCACCACGGUCCUGUAUCUCUCCGACACUCUCAGAAGCAACUUCCUUAAUGAGAAAUUUGACUUCAAGGUGUGGGAGUCCUAUUUUUACCUUUCUAUAAUAUUUAUCAUCCAGCCGUGUCUUCAGCUCGAGACGUUCCCUCCGUCCAAAAGGAAGAAAGUUCUGGAAAAGUAUGGAGACAUGCGAGUGAUGAUCGGAUGUGAGAUCUUCAGCAUGUGGCAGAAUCUGGGAGACUAUAAAGUGAAUCUGAUCCCAUCUCUGAUUGGUCCGUUCCUGGAGGUGACCCUGGUGCCACAGCCUGACCUGAGAAAUGUCCUCAUCCCCGUCUUCCACGACAUGAUGGACAGCGAGGAACGCCGCAGUGGAAACUUCAAGCAGGUGGAGGCGAAGCUGAUCGACAAGCUGGAGAGUCUGAUGUCAGAGGGUAAAGGAGACGAGACCUACAAGGAGCUCUUCAACAACAUAAUCCCGCUGUUCGGCCCGUAUCCGAGCUUGCUGAAAAAGAUCGAGAGAGAAACAUGGAGAGAGAGUGGAGUGUCUCAUAUAGCCACAGUUACACGGCUUAUGGAGAGAUUACUCGAUUACAGGGACUGUAUGAAGAUCGGAGAGGUUGAUGGGAAGAAGAUCGGCUGUACCGUUAACCUGCUGAACUUCUACAAGACCGAGCUGAAUAAAGAGGAGAUGUACAUCCGCUACAUCCACAAGCUCUAUGAGCUCCACCUUAAAGUCCAGAACUACACAGAGGCAGCCUACACUCUGCUGCUGUAUGAUGAGCUGUUGGAGUGGACAGAGAGACCUCUGAGGGAGUUCCUCACCUACCCCAUGCAGAGCGAAUGGCAGAGAAAAGAGUGUUUACAUCUGACCAUCAUCCAUAACUUCGACAGGGGGAAGUGCUGGGAGAAUUGUAUCAUCCUCUGCCGAGAACUGGCCAAUCAGUACGAAGCUUACUACGACUACAGGAACCUGAGCAAAAUGAGACUGAUGGAGGCUUCUCUCUACGAUAAGAUAAUGAAUCAACAGAGACUUGAACCAGAGUUCUUUAGAAUUGGGUUCUAUGGCAAGAAGUUCCCCUUCUUCUUACGGAAUAAGGAGUUUGUGUGUCGGGGGAACGAUUACGAGCGGUUGGAGGCGUUUCAGCAGAGGAUGCUGAGCGAGUUUCCUCACGCCAUCGCCAUGCAGCACGCCAACCAGCCUGACCAGACCAUACUGCAGGCCGAGGCACAGUACCUGCAGAUCUAUGCGGUCACUCCUGUCCCAGAGAAUCAGGACGUGCUGCAGAGAGAUGGAGUGCCGAGUAACAUCAAGAGCUUCUACAAAGUCAACCAUAUCUGGAGGUUCCGCUACGACAGACCCUUCCACAAGGGUACUAAAGAUAAAGAGAAUGAGUUCAAGAGUCUCUGGGUGGAGAGGACCACACUGAGUCUGGCACAGAGUCUCCCAGGCAUAUCUCGCUGGUUCGAGGUGGAGAAACGGGAGCUGGUGGAGAUGAGUCCUCUGGAGAAUGCCAGUGAGGUGAUUGAGAAUAAAACCCUUCAGCUGCGUACGCUGAUCGCACAGUGCCAGACGCGGCAGAUGCAGAACAUCAACCCUCUGACUAUGUGUCUGAACGGGGUGAUCGACGCCGCCGUGAACGGAGGACUCGCUCGCUACCAGGAGGCAUUCUUUGCAAAAGAUUACAUUUCCAAUCACCCAGAGGAUGGAGAUAAGAUCACUCGUCUCCGAGAGCUGAUGUUUGAGCAGGCACAUAUUCUGGAGUAUGGCUUGGCUGUGCAUGAGAAAUUCGUUCCACAGGACAUGCGUCCGCUGCACAAAAAACUCAUCGACCAGUUCCACGUGAUGCGAUCCAGUCUGGGUAUACAGCCACAGGAAUUUCCUGCCUAUGUGCGCGUCAGUCCUCUGCAUUUUGCCAAUGGCAGCCCUCGAACCUGCAGGACUCCUGUCCCCAAUGCCAUCAGUCCAGACGGAGGGCGGAUUGUGGCUCGGCGCAGCCCUCUCAGUUACCCGGCUGUCAAUCGCUACUCUUCCUCCUCGCUGUCAUCACAGGCCUCCAACGACGUGAGCAACAUCACAGGCCAGUCGGAGAGCUCAGAUGAAGUCUUCAACAUGCAGCCAAGUCCGUCUACCUCAAGCCUCAGCUCGAACCACUCCGGCUCUCAUAACGUGAACAACUCAGCUCCCUCAAGCAAUAGAGAUUCCCUCCCAUCAGCGUCUCCACUGCCGUUGGACAAACACAAGCAUUCGAAAGAGAGCGCAUGUCUCUCACCCAGAGACCGACUGUGCAGCGGAGUUUUCUCCAACCCUCUGGACCCCACGCAGAGGAUGAUGCCGUUCCAGAUAGACGCAAGCCUGCCACGUUGCGAAGCCAGUUUCCCCACAGCAGAAACCGCAGCUCAAAGCAAGAACAUAAGAGCUCUGUCUCCUAUGCCAACCUCAAAGUCUCCUCAAAAGACCUCAGCUCCUCCCCUCACCCCCUCUCCUACUGACGGCUUGCCUGCGGGCAGCUUAGCAUCGCACUCUCCCGCCCGCUCGGGCAGCUACAGCAGCGGCAUCUCCUCUCUGAGUCGCUGCAGCGUGUCUGAGACUUGUGGCAUCGAUGCGGCACCACCCGAGCCGUCCGUGCCCGCGGUCCUGCCCGCCGAUAACGCCAUCCGCCGCGGCAGCAAGACGCCACCGCCCUACAGCGUGUAUGAGAGGAACAACCCGCGCCGUGCCACCCCACUUCCCCACAGCCUGUCGGUGCCGCCUGCCACAGACAGCACCAACCUGCCCGCCAAACCGCAACUAAGCCGCACGCAGAGAAUCAACUCGGAGCCACGGCACAGGAUCACGCCACGGAAAGUCUCCCAGCUGUAGAGCUCCAGCACAGGAGUAGUACCUGGAACUGUCUAUGCAGAUCAUCCAGGUUAUCAUGAAUGUCUAGUAGUAAGUACUGAGUCACAGUGUCUGGACUUGACGUGUAGUCUUCAAGAUGUUUCAUCAUUGAAAGUUAAUUCUCUUUGCAAUGAUCCCACAGAUCCAUUCACCCUGACUUCACCUACUAGACACACCCAAGUGAUUCCGUGAGGCAAGCAGGAAUAUAUUACAGAUGCAGUUUUAUUUUUUUGUAUUAACUAAAAGGAACACAAUCGCGUGUUUUUUACUGCAGUGGCUGUCUUGCAAUCUUCUGUGCGUUAUUAACGGACAACCUGCAUAAGUGCAGCGUCCAGUGGGUUCUAUGUUUAUUUUUCGUGAAUGUUUUUUUUUUUUUUUUGAAAAAUUUUAUUCAAUUCAUAUUCUGCAUGGAGAUAUAUCAGCGCUUCAAGUUCUCAUGACCAAUUAUUACAGCUGAACUGGAAUUGGGUCAGCGUUAUAUAUCGCACAUAUUUUCCAUUAGUAUACAUCCAUGGCUAGUGAGACUCGCGUACAAGCAUAGCCGUUAAGAGAUUAGAAUCUACUCUAAAAGGGCAUAUAGUUUACAGUUCAGUCUUUAGAUCUGGCAGGUCCACAUACCACUUUAGAGCAAAGGUCUGAAUCAUACUGGUAUUUUUGAUAGAUGUACAAAAAGCUCCUAUCUGUACAGUAUUCCGCUUAUUCAACGGCAAUGUUUUUAGGCCUUAUACAUGGACAAAGAUGUGCAGCGAGUCCUGCAUCCUGUUUUAACCGCUUUGUCCUUUCUGGAAUGGCUGAAAGGUGCUACAUAUUUCUUAGUGUUUCUUUCUGACGUAGCCUUGUAGCUGCCGAACCUGCCUGACCGUUAAUUGUGCAAUGUAACGAAAUCGUGUGGUCUCCAAGUAUUGUGCCAAAGAAACAAAACAAUAUUAACAUUUCUGUUGGUGAGAGUAGCUAGGGCAGCUUAGAGCUCACAUAGCCGUGUGAAUGCUUGUGCUUGACAAUGUGCUUUUUAUGCAGUGUGCUGAGGCCUAGAGUACGAUAGCAUGAGGCAUGUACAGCAUCAAGCAAUAUAACCAGUGUAGUUUCCUAAAGAGUGUGACACUCAAAGCACAGAGGGCACAGAUUGGUUUUCUUUCACUUUCAGCGAUUUCAGAAGGUUUACUCUGAUGUUAGCAGAAUAGCCUCAACAAGACGACGAUUUAAAGCGUCAUAUGUUGGAGUGUUAUAUGAGGAAAGCGAUCUUGAUUUGUAUUUCAGGUGGUCAUGCACAAAAGUUAAAACCUGUUUUUAACUGCCAAAAGCACAGCGGACAUGGAAUUAAAGGAACACUGUACUGAGUAUUUUUUAUCUUUUAAUCCUUGUUUCAACUUUCUUAAAGAAUGUAAAAAAAAUUUUGUUUUAGAUUUUUUUACAUUACAUUUUUUAUGUCAGUUAUUAAUGAGGCUUCAGUUUAAUGAUUCUACAGGACAAAUUUGUACAGUGUUCAAGACUUUUCCCCUUCUCCCCUUUCAGAUUUUCCGAAAUGAUGUUAACAUUUUGACUAAAACAUGUAUUUUCAAGUGAGUUUGAUCCGUUUACUAGGCAUGUGCUGAUAAUCGAUUACGAAAAUAGAUUACAAAACUUAACAAUCAAAAUUAAUAUCAUUAUUUUGGACACUGUGUCUGUCCCAUGUGGGCAGCUGUCUCCUAAUGUUCCUUAAUUUGGACCAUGAGGAAGUUGAUGUGUUUCCUGCUCAGAGAAUGUAUUUUUAAAAAGCUUAAUGUCGAUUAUAUUCUAAAGCUGGACGACAGGCUAGGCAAUUUACCACGAUAUGAAAAUGUAAUAUCUGUCUAUGCGUACCGAUGCCUGAAAAGUAACCUUUCCUGUAAAAUAUAUUACCUUCUGUGUGCCGCCACAAAUGCAACAACAAAUGCAAAAAAAUCUUUAGUGAAAAAGCGACAAGAAUGACAAAACAUCUGAUAGCUGUUCACUGCCGAUCCGCAACCAGAAAUCAUUUCACGGGUUUAACGAUGAUUAAUACUGUAAGAGACCCACAACACGAACUUUUUGGCAUUUUAAUGGUUGUUUAAUUUGUUUCUAGUUGCUAUUUCUGCUCCUCUGUUUGUCAGUAUAUUGUUACUAUGAUGUUUGCAUCUAUUCUGAACACAAAUCUGGAAAAAUCCCCUUUUCGUUGUCUGAAUUUUCUAUUAAAAUAUUCUUGAUGGAAGACAGAGUAGUAAUCAUUACAGGGUAAUUUGAGUAAUUGCAACACUAAAAAAAAAUAUUUCAAAUCAUUUUUCCACACUGAGACGAAACGUUAAUCUGUGCCAAAAAAUGAAGAAUUUGCAACUGAGUGACAUUAAUACUAACUAAAUACUAAUAAUAUGAUUGAAGCAGCACAGCUAGAGAAUUUGUCUGUUUAUUGUUUGUUUGUUUGUUGUUUGAACAUCACUGUAAUUUUACUGUUCUCGUAAAAAAGCACAGUUUUGAACCUUAUAUCGGUCAUCAGUUUCUUAAGCAAACCCGAGUAAUAGCAGCUAAAGUGGAUUCAGGCUUGGAAACGCAUGACUCUGUAAAUGGUGGCCAUUAGUACGUUGCUUGUGUGAAUGAAUUGAUAAACAGUGUUGCAGUUGUGUUCACAUAUGCCUAUGCUACUAAAGAUGCUCAUUCUAGGCAAUUUUGUAAUUUUUAAUGGAUUGCCUAGUGACCACUUUUAGAAAAACAAACUAGUAUUCUUGUAUUAUCUCUCUUUUUCCCUCACUUUGUCUCACCUUUUGUAUGGAUUAGGUUUUAUCUUUUUUUGUUCAAUUUUUUGAACCUGUAAAGUUGUACUUUAUAUCAUAUAAUGGGAUGAAAGUAUUCCAUAUAGCCCGUGUUACAGAUUUUGUACAAACUGUGUUUAUAUGAAAAUGUAACCCGUUCAUAGGCUUUGAAUGUUGCAAUGAAAAUUUUUAUUUGUAAAUGUUGACUAUUAGACAUUAAUGAAUAAAGGUUGAUUGAUGUAAAAAAAAAAAUGGUUAAAAGGAUAAAACCAUAUUAACAUUCCACUAUUAAAAACACUUA